AGAUAGUAAUCAGUCUAAGACUGGCGAACGUAACAUAUCAACUGUCCAAAGUAUCCGUUUUCAGUCGCAAAAAUUUAAACAACAAAAGUAUCCUACAGAAAAAGGAAAAAGGGAAGAAAGCAUGGCAAGCAGCAAUUUUUUCCUGAUCGGAAUUUUAUUUGCAUUUGUGGUGUACCAGAACUUACAAUCUAGUACAACCAUAAUUAACUUGAAUAGAGAGGUAAAUGCUCCAAAGCGAUUUGUUUUUAACAUCCUUUCCAUGGUGGAGAACAUGGAAGAAAUCGAUCCGAUAAUGUAAGGUUAUAAUAUUUCAAAAUGAAAUACCUUCUUUUAGAGAAGUUUUUGGGAAUUUUUAGAUUAGAAAUGAAAGUGAAUCCAGGCUAUCCAGUUAAAAAGAAAAACGGAAACAUUAAGAACAAAUUGACGUCCGUUUUAAAGUUUGAUAGCGUACCCAUCCUACCCCCAUUGCCCUUCGAUACCGGCGCUCUAAUUGAUUAUCGUUUUGAUCGUGUUACACUGACUUUCCAGCCACAAGGACUUUUACAAUCGGUUAUGCACGUCGAGGAUAUUUGGUCUGUAAAAAGCAAGGGCGACGAAAGAAGCAAAAUCGAAGUAACUUCUAUUGUGUCUACACCAUAUAUGUUAAAAUCAACGACCCGCCGAACUGCUUAUAAAGUCAUAAAUAUUAUGUUGGAUAAGAUGAAGCGAAUGGCUGAACGCGACUAUGAAAGGUACAUUCAAGAAUCUGCGGAUUCGAAUUUGGGAGAAGAUUCUAUACAGGACACUUACAUACCAGGAGUUUCCGAUGGCGCUAGUGCUCACGAUCCUGAAUCGACGCCUUUAGGUAGGCGGCGUUAA